ACUCAUAUAACAGAAACAAAAAAGAGAACAAGCCAGAGAUGGAGAAGAAGAGUUGUAGCCAUGUGCUUUUAGUUCCUUAUCCAACCCAAGGCCACAUAAAUCCAAUGCUCCAAUUCUCCCGCCGCCUAGCUUCUAAAGGCAUCAAGACCACUCUAGCCGUCACCAACUUCAUCUCCACCACCAUCAAACCCCAGUCCUCCACUGUCCAAAUCGCCACCAUCUCCGAUGGCUUCGACCAGGGCGGCUUCACCGAAGCCCAGAGCACCCACGACUACCUCGCCAGGUUCGAAUCGGCCGGGUCAAAAACGCUAGCUGACCUCAUCACCAAACACAAAAACUCACCGCACCCUAUUGACUGCGUAGUCUACGAUUCUUUUCUCCCUUGGGCCUUGGACGUGGCACAUCAACUUGGCUUGGUUGGGGCCGCCUUCUUCACCCAAAAUUGUGCUGUUAAUUACAUCUACUAUAAUGUCCAUCAUGGACUGUUAACUCUUCCUAUUUCCCCUUCUGUGCCUUCCUCAAUUGCUGGAUUACCUUUGCUUGAGCUUCGAGACAUGCCUGGCUUCAUCUAUGUCUCGGGAUCGUAUCCAGCUUACUUCGAGAUGGUACUCCUUCAGUUCUCAAACACAGAAAAAGCUGACUUCGUCCUUGUUAAUACCUUCUACGAGUUAGAACAGGAGGUUGUGGAUACAAUGUCUAAAGUUGGUCCGCUUCUGACAAUUGGACCGACAAUUCCAUCAGCCUACUUAGACAAACGUAUAGAAGACGAUGCGUUUUAUGGUCUUGAUCUCUUCAAAUUAGAAUCAUCCGCCGCCACCGCCAAGUGGCUGAGCAACAAACCGCCGGGCUCGGUGGUUUAUGUCUCCUUUGGCAGCCUGUCUAAUUUAAGCAUCCAACAGAUGGAGGAGAUGGCAUGGGGGUUGAAAAACAGCGGUUUUUAUUUCCUGUGGGUGGUUAGAGACACCGAGAAGGCAAAGAUUCCGGCUGACGCGGAGGGAGAGAAGGGCUUCAUAGUAGGGUGGUGCCCUCAGAUGGAGGUGCUGUCAAAUGCUGCGGUAGGGUGUUUUUUCACGCAUUGUGGAUGGAAUUCGACAAUCGAGGCGUUGAGUUUGGGUGUUCCGAUGGUGGCAAUGCCGCAGUGGACGGAUCAGCCGACGGAUGCCAAGUUUGUAGAGGAUGUUUGGAAGGUGGGGAUUAGGGUAAGGGUUGAGGAAGAUGGGAUUGUGAGGAGGGAGGAGAUUGAGAGUUGCAUAAGGGAAGUGGUGGAGGGGGAAAGGGGGAAAGAGUUGAAGGAGAAUGCUAAGAAGUGGAAGGAGUUGUCUGUGAAGGCUGUUUGUGAAGGUGGCUCUUCGGAUAAGAACAUUGAUGAUUUUGUGUCUAGGUUGAUCAAAACCUAGGAAGAAGAAUAAAUUAUCAUGAAAAUAAUGAUGUUUUACACAAAGUUUUAUGUCUUUUUCCAAAUUUUUCUUACAAUAAACAGAACUGGCCCUUCAGCCGCCGAGUGAUUCAUCAUAACUCUUAAUAAUUAGAUUUAAUUGAU